AUGCAUGAAAAUGCCAAAAAAGAAAUGUCGGCUAAAAUUGGUAAACCAGCGCCUGAUUUCACCGCUACAGCAGUGGUUGAUUAUGACUUUAAAGAUAUUACGUUAAGCAGCUACUUAGGCAAAUACGUUGUGCUCUUCUUCUAUCCAUUGGAUUUUACAUUUGUUUGUCCGACUGAAAUUAUCGCAUUCAGCGAACGCGCCGAUGAAUUUCGUGAAAUCGAAUGCGAAAUUCUCGCUUGUUCAACCGAUUCGCAUUAUAGUCAUUUUGCUUGGACGACAAAAGAUCGAAAACAAGGCGGUUUGGGUAAAAUGAAUAUUCCAUUAAUAUCUGAUAAAACUAUGGAAAUCGCUGCAAAAUACGGUGUGUUGAAAGAAGAUGAAGGUAUCGCAUUUCGCGGCUUAUUUGUAAUCGAUACUCGUGGUAUUCUUCGACAGAUGACCAUCAACGAUUUACCAGUUGGUCGUUCUGUCGAUGAAACACUUCGAUUAGUUCAAGCGUUUCAAUUUACUGAUAAACAUGGCGAAGUUUGUCCGGCGAAUUGGAAACCGGGAAAGAAAACGAUUGAUCCCAAUGCGAAAAUGCUCGACCAUUCGGACAUAGCUCAUUAA